AUGGAAAAUAGCAGCAUUCAUUUCUCUCAGCCUCAUGAUAAGUCGUUUAUGGAGCCAUCUAAAAAUGGUUUUGUGGGAGGAAACGGUGAACUUCCAAAGGAGGCAGGCGUAGAUUCAACUCUGGUAACCAAUGGUAGUGUUGACUACAAAGGAAGAAUUGCUGAUAAACGGAAAACUGGAGGAUGGAAGGCUUCCCCCUUUGUAAUAGUGAAUGAGGUGGCGGAGAGGUUGGCAUUCUUCGCGAUUGCGGUUAACAUGGUGCAAUAUCUUGUGUUUGAGAUGCAUCAAUCCCUUCCUGAUGCUGCCACUCAUGUAACCGACUGGAUCGGAGCUGCUUAUGUUCUCACACUACUCGGAGCAUUCUUGGCCGAUGCUUACUUGGGCCGAUUUUUAACCAUAAUUAUCUUCUCUUGCAUCUACGAAGUGGGAUUGGUGUUAUUAACACUAUCCGCUUCGAUGGACAGCUUACGACCACCAUUUUGCAUCAAGAGGCCGUGCCCACCGGCGUCCGAUAGCCAAAUUGCCUUCCUCUAUGCUGCACUGUAUCUCAUAGCCCUAGGAACUGGUGGAAUCAAGCCAUGCGUCUCAUCAUUUGGGGCCGACCAAUAUGAUGAUGCUGACAAGAAAGAAGCUCAAAAGAAGUAUACAUUUUUCAAUUGGUUUUUCUUUGCCAUCAACAUGGGUGCACUCUUGGGUAUUACUCUUCUAGUUUAUGUGCAAGUGAAGAAGGGCUGGAGCUGGGGAUUUGCGGUUCCAACAGUGACAAUGUUUUGCUCUAUCGUCACCUUGGUCGCGGGCAGCUCAAAAUACCGUUACCAAAAGCCAAUGGGAAGUGCCUUUACUAGAUUUGUUCAAGUCAUUGUGGCUUCUGUGAGGAACCACUUUAAAGGGGUCAAAUUUGAACCAGGAGUUCGGUUUUAUGAGGUCCCGACUGAAAAUUCUGAUAUAUUUGGUGCUCCGAAUCUUCUUCACACUGAACAAUACAGAUUCUUGGAUAAGGCAGCAGUCAAGACAGACACUGAAAGCAACGCCAACAACCGAUGGAGGCUAUGCACAGUAACACAAGUUGAAGAAUUGAAAUGCUUCAUCCGAGUCCUACCCGUAUGGGCAUCCACCAUCGCACUCUCCAUCUCAUUCGCUCAACUGUCAACAUUCUUCCUCAGCCAAGCCAACAUUAUGCACAGAAAACUUGGCCCACAUUUCGAAAUCCCAGCAGGCUCCGUUCCAGUCUUUGCCGCCUGCAAUGCCCUCAUCCUCGUCCCCAUCUACGAAAAAGUCAUCGUCCCAUUUCUCCGCAGUAAAACCGGUCAUCGUCGCGGCCUAACUUCCCUUCAACGGAUGGGUGUCGGCCUGUUUAUAUCCAUAUUCGCCUUGCUCUCGGCUGCACGGGUGGAAAAGAAGCGCCGCACCGAUAGCAAUCCGUCCAGCCUCAGCGUUUUUUGGUUGUUCCCACAAUUCUUUCUCAUGGGAAGUGCUGAGGUUUUCACGUACGUUGGGCAGUUGGAGUUUUUCUACGAUGAGGCAACGGAUGGUACGAGGAGCAUAAGUAGCGCAUUCUUCUUGAGCGAAAUCGGGAUUGGAAGUUGGCUUAGUACUGCGCUUGUCAAGAUCAUUGAGGCGGCGACCGGUGGUGUGGAGAAAGGAUGGCUUCGAAAUAAUCUCAACAAAAGCCGACUGGACUACUUUUACUGGCUACUAACGGCCAUUAAUGGCUUGAAUUUCUUGGUUUACUUGGUGGUUGCAUGGAACUACAAGGGCAGAGAUGGUGCCAAGACUAGCGUAAGAGAUGUUUCUCCGGUUGAAAAUGCUGUUGAACUUAGAAAUGGUAAAGAUGACAAGGGGGAAUCACGUAGUAUUAUGUAG